AUGAUGUUGCGCGGGCGCGUGCUGCUGCGACGUCCCCUACAUUGCGCCGCCUGUCUCCCCCCACCGGCAACCGCACGUCUGCUCGCCCCCUCGGUGCCUGCUGCCGUGCGGUCGUGGUCCACCCUUUCCUCCCCGCGGAGUGUCCACACUGAGGCGCACACCGCCGGCAAGGGAUGCGGGCCGGCCUGCUCGGAUCCGUCCCACGCCCACUCCUCUCCGCGCCCGACCAAGAGCGGAGGCCAGCAGCUGCCGGAGAACUAUGCGGCGCUGGCCCGCGAGCUGCGCAAGUUCCUGCGCGAGGACCAAGUGGUGAGCGAUCCGCUGCGCACGCUGGCCUACGGGACGGACGCAUCUUUCUACCGCCUCAUCCCCAAGCUGGUGGUGCAGGUCGAACGCGAAGACGAGGUGGUGAAGGCGCUGGGGCUGGCGGAGCGGUUCGGGGCGCCCAUCACGUUCCGGGCCGCGGGCACGUCCCUGUCGGGCCAGGCCAUCACCGACUCGGUGCUGCUGCGCCUGGUGCCCUCCAAGUGGAGCCACAUCGACGUACUCGACCCCGAAGGCUCGCGCGUGCGCCUCCAGCCGGGCGUCAUCGGCGGGCAGGCCAACAAAGUCCUCGGCCUGUACGGGCGGAAGAUCGGGCCGGACCCGUCGAGCAUCGAGUCGUGCAUGAUCGGCGGCAUCACCGCCAACAACUCUUCCGGCAUGUGCUGCGGGACGAGGCAGAACACAUACAAUACCAUCGAGGACAUCCGGAUCGUGCUGGCCGACGGCACCGUGCUCGACACAGCCUCGCAGGAGAGCAGGGAGCGGUUCAGCCAAUCGCACGGCCACCUCCUGUCCGAGUUGUCGGCCAUGGCCCACCACGUGCAGCACUCCAACCCCGACCUCCUGGCCCGGAUCAAGCGCAAGUACUCGAUAAAGAACACCACGGGCUACUCCAUCAACGCGCUCGCCGAUUUUACCGAUCCAUUCGAGAUCCUCAAACACCUCAUUGUGGGAAGUGAGGGCACGCUUGCCUUCAUCAGCGGAGUUACGAUGCGCACGGUGCCGGAGCUGCCCCACAAAGCCUCGUCCAUCAUGCUCUUCCCCGAUGUGAUCACGGCCUGCGAGGCGGUGAGUGCGCUCAAGCUGGCGCCCGUCGACGCCGUGGAGCUCAUGGACCGCGCCUGCCUCGUAUCUGCUCGCGACAAGCUGGCGCAGGUGGGCCUGAGCGGCGAGCACGGGCAGGACGUGGCAAUCCUCCUCGUCGAGACGCGCGCCGACACCACCGACGAGCUCGCCGACCGCGUCGAGCACGUGGCCAAGGCGGUGCGUCCGUAUCGCAAGGUGAAGGAGGUGCAGUUCACGUCGGACCCGCGCGUGUUCAACCUCAUGUGGGACGUGCGGCGCGGCAUCAUCCCGUCCGCCGGUGCCAUGCGCCCCGUGUCCACCUCCGUCAUCCUCGAAGACGUGGCUGUGGAGGUGCCGCGGCUGGCGGCCAUGACGAUGGACCUGCAGGACAUGUUCAAGCGGCACCGCUACGAUGAUGCCGUCAUCUUCGGACACGCCCUCGACGGCAACCUGCACCUGCUGUUCGCGCAGGGAUUCGACAGCCGCCCGGAGCAGGAGCGGUACGGGGCCAUGAUGGACGAGCUCUGCGCGAUCGUCGCCACCAAGUACGGCGGCAGCUUGAAGGCGGAGCACGGGACGGGCCGCAACGUGGCGCCCUUCGUGGAGAUGGAGUGGGGCAAGGACGGGUACGCCCUCAUGAAGGACAUCAAGAAGGCCUUCGACCCCCACCACCUCCUCAACCCCGGGGUGCUAUUGAACGACGACCCGCAGAUCCAUGUCAAGAACCUCAAGCCCAUGCCCGCUGCGCAUUCGCUGGUGGACCAGUGCAUCGAGUGCGGCUUCUGCGAGAAGAACUGCCCCUCGCGCGAGCUCACCCUAUCGCCGCGCCAACGCAUCGUGAUCUGGCGAGAGAUCCAGCAGCUGCGGCGCACCAAGAGCGAUCCGGCGCGGUUGGCCGAGCUCGAGCAGCAGUUCCGGUACGCCGGCGACGACACGUGCGCUGCCGACGGCAUGUGCGCCACCGCCUGCCCCGUCAACAUCAACACGGGGCAGCUCAUCAAGACUCUGCGGGCGACGGAGCGCUCGCCCUGGGCACAGACGGUCGCCCAGGCCGCCGCCGAUCACUUUGCCCUGGUGAACGGGAUGGGGCGGACGGCGCUGCAGGCGGCCCACGUGGGCCACCGGGUGGUGGGUGCCCGGGUCAUGCGCGCCCUCUCCGACGCCCUCCACCGGGUGCUCCCCGCCAGCCCGCAGUGGAACCCGCACCUGCCCCGCGGCGGCCACGCCCCUUCGCCUCCUCCGCCCACCGCCACCAGCAAAGACCAAGUGGUGUACUUCCCGAGCUGUGCGAAUCGGGUGAUGGGCGUGUCGACGAGCGAGAAGACCGAGGGGCGGGCGCUGCCCGACGUCGCCCUCUCGGUGCUGGGCAAGGCCGGCUACGACGUCAUUCUGCCGGAGGGGCUGGCGGGGCUGUGCUGCGGGAUGGCGUUCGAGAGUCGAGGGUUCCCGCACCAGGCGCGCCAGAAGGCCGACGAGCUGCACGCCGUCCUCUGGCGCGCAUCGGACCACGGCCGCCUCCCCGUCCUCUUCGACAUGAGCCCCUGCGCCCUCCACGCCAAGACCCACAAGCCCACGCCCGACGAGUCGUUGGGGCUUCCCGAGGCCAAGAAGCAGCAGAAGCUGGAGAUCUUCGAGCCCGUGGAGUUCACCCACGACUUCCUCCUCUCGCGCCUCCAGUGGACCCCGCGUGAGGAGGGCCUGGUGUACCACACGACGUGCAGCUCGAAGCGGAUGGCGGGGGUCGACCAGAAGUUUCUCAGCGUACUCAAGCAGUGCACGGGCGAGGCCCCCGCCAAGCGCCUCGGGUCCCUUCUCCUCGACUCGGCCGUGCCCUGCUGCGGCAUGGCCGGCGAUCGCGGCCUCUGCUUUCCCGAACUGCCCCGGUCGGCGCUGAAGAAGCUGCGCGAGCGCGUUGCCAGCCACCCGCCUGGCUGCUCUGAGGGAGUGAGCAACAGCCGCACGUGCGAGGUGGCGCUGUCGGAACACGCGGGCGUGCCGUUCCGCUCCGUGCUCUACUUGGUCGAUCGGGCGUCUAGCCCUCUCAACCCCGCUGCCGCGCCCUCCACCUCCGCCGCCCUCCACGCACUCCUCCAGCGCAAGGCCGCCGCCUACGCCAUCGACCCCUCCGGCCCCGCCCCACCAGCCUCCCCCACUCUCCCCUCCGCCUGCACCCAGGCCGACGCCACACCAACGCCCACUGGGCUUCUAAGAAACUAUAAAUAA